GCAUUGAAGGUGGCUCGUAGCGAGGAAGCGUGGAACGAUGGGACGAUCGUCCGCGAGGGAAGAGGAACACGCGAAGGACCGCGAGCAGUAAGAGGGUGGCCGCCAUGGCCAAGUGGAAAUGGAUCCUUCCAAUCCUCGCGUGCUUCUGGACCCUGACCCACGCCUAUCUGGCCGUGCUGUCCUCCGAGACACCGACCGGGAGCGUGGUGUUCGAGGCAGGGGUGCCCCAGCUGGGUGGUCGUCGAAAAUACCAGGUGUCGAACGAACGAACUGCCUGGUUCGCGAGGAAGCUGCUCAAGGUCCACCCUCACACCGGCCGCGUCACCCUGGCGCGACCGUUGAGCUGCGACGGGCUUCAAUAUCCGCGUAUCUUCACCUUCUACGUGGACUCGACGAGCUCCAGACUCGGCAGACCGACCAUUGACUAUUACAGCCUGCCGUUGAGGAUCUUGAUAACCGGCUGCGGCGGUGAGAACCGAGACCUUGCCGCCACCAGAGGAUGGAUGGCGGAGACUUUGGCCUCCUACGCUAUGCCCAGCACAGAAAGGUUCACCGAAGUCUGUCUUCGGGCGUCGCAGCUGGUCGCAGCGUUACGCGACUUCCUCCCGCAAACGGCGUUGAAGGAGUGCGAGACCAGAUGGGGCGGCGUGGCAGAUCCGAGGUUUCUCAUCGAGGGAGCAGCCGGCGACCUGGUCUCUGCCUCCGAGCAGUGCUUGGUGGACCCGUUGUGGAAGAUCUCCGUGUCGAUGAACCUCAGAUGCGGCAUGGAGUCGCGACUCACCGACGCCGAGCACCGUCUCAAGAUCGUCUUUCAUCAUCGUCAGCUGGACGACACUGACCUGGGCAGACGCGUGAGAAGAGAGCUGAAGAAUCAAUCACCGUACUUCGAGCAGCCGUUGUACGUCGGGGCGGUCGAGGAGGAGAAGGAUCCUGGCGUGUACGUGACUUCCGUCCGCGCCAGGGACCCGGAAGGUGGAACGGUUCGUUACUCGAUGAGCUCCCUUCUGGACGCUCGGUCCCAGGAGUUGUUGAUCCUCGACUCCGUCACUGGUAGAGUCACCACCCGCGCCAGACUCGACCGGGAAAGCGUGGACGUGCACUAUUUCCGGGUGUUGGCCGUGGAUGAUUCGUUUCCCCCACGCACAGGCACCACCACCCUUCAGGUGAACGUUCUGGAUGCAAAUGAUCACGCGCCCAGCUUCGAGUGGCCGGAGUACGACGCCUCCGUCAGAGAGGGUGUGCCUGUGGGCUCGACCGUGGUCACGGUGAAGGCCUCGGACAAGGACACCGGUAGAAACGCCGAGGUAGAGUACUCGAUCCUGGCGACGAGCUGCGGGAACGGUGUCGCGAGCCCCGAGGACGCUCUCACUUUCCGGAUAGAUCCCAGGUCGGGGGUGAUCACUACGCGCACGCCGUUCGACAGAGAGAAAACAGAGAUCUACACGGUGCUAUUGAGCGUGACCGACCAGGCGACGCCUCCGUCUGCGAGGAAGAGCGCGAACGCUACCUUGAUGGUCCGCGUUCUCGACGACAACGACAACUAUCCUCAAUUCACCGAGCGCACCUACUCCGUCUGGAUACCAGAGGACCUGGACUACACGGCGAACCCCGUGGUGGCUCGUAUCAGGGCGACGGACGCCGACGCCGGGAACAACGCCGUUGUACGGUACGCGAUCAUCGGUGGAAAUACACAGAACACGUUCUCCAUAGACUCUAUGAGCGGCGACGUGGCACUCGUCAAGUCCUUGGACUACGAGUCCACCAGAAGCUAUAAGAUAGUCAUUCGGGCGCAAGAUGGCGGAUCGCCUGCCAGAUCUAACACCACGCAGCUGCUGGUGCACGUCAAGGACGUUAACGACAAUGCUCCGCGAUUCUACACCAGUCAUUUUCAGGAAUCUGUAUCGGAGAACGUGCCUGUCGGGUACUCGAUGCUGAGGAUACAGGCGUACGACGCUGAUGAGGGCGCUAACGCUCGCAUCAAGUACACCGUUGGGGCUCGAGACUUCUCUGGCGCCUCCACGGAGAACUUUCCCAUCACGGUGAACGCCGAGACCGGAUGGAUCUACACGACCAAGCAGCUCGAUCGCGAGCAAUGCUCCAGGUACCAGUUCACCGUGAUCGCGGCGGACUCGGGAGAGAUGCCCAAGGCUGCUAGCGCUACGGUGAUACUCACGGUCACCGACGUCAACGAUAAUGAUCCCUACUUCGAUCCAAAGAACUAUGAAGCUGUGGUGUCGGAGGACGACCCUCCAGGUACUCCUGUGACCUCUGUCACGGCGACUGAUCCCGACGAGGAUGCCAGGAUACAUUACGAGAUCACCGCUGGUAACACGAGAGGUCGGUUCUCCAUAGCGUCUCAAAAUGGCAGGGGUCUGAUCACCGUGGCUCAGCCGUUAGACUACAAGCAGGAGAAGAGAUUCGUGCUGACCGUGACAGCCUCCGACAGCGGGGGUAGAACCGACACUGCCCUCGUCUAUGUAAACAUCUCCGAUGCGAACAACUUCUCUCCUGUAUUCGAGAACGCACCGUACUCCGUCUCAGUGUUCGAGGAUGCUCCAGUUGGCACCACGGUUCUGGUGGUCAGCGCUACCGACUCUGACGUUGGAAAGAACGCUCAAGUUACUUACAGCUUGGACACCGACGGCGGGGACCAAGCGUCGUCCGAGUUCACCAUCAAUCCACAGACUGGCGCCAUAACGACUACCCGGACCCUAGAUCGCGAACUUACACCAGCGUAUUUGUUAACAGUUACAGCUAGAGACGGAGGCGUCCCACCUCUUUCAGACACCACGGACGUGGAGAUAUCCGUCACGGACGUGAACGAUAAUUCCCCGAUCUUCGAAGCGCCUCAGUACCAGGGCUCCAUCCCGGAAGACGUCCUGGUCGGCACUUGCGUUUUGAAAGUUUCCGCCACCGACGCGGACACGGAUCUCAACGGCAGGGUAAGGUACGCGCUAGAGGACGAUGGCGACGGUGCAUUUGCCGUGGAUUCCACGACUGGUAUAGUCAGAACAGCGAAACCAUUGGACAGAGAAUCAGUUGCGAGGUACUCCCUGAAAGCGAUAGCCAUGGACAGAGGGUCUCCUUCCCUGACAUCCGUGGUACCCGUGAUCGUUAAAAUAGAGGACGUGAACGAUUCACCACCGGCUUUCGAAAACGAUAAAAUCGUUCUGUACAUAGCGGAGAAUUCGCCUAUCGGCUCUACCGUAGGUGAGAUCUACGCCCACGAUCCGGACGAGGGACCGAACGCCGUCGUGCAAUACUCCGUGAUAGGCGGCGAGGACUCGAACAGCUUCGCUCUGAAUGUCAGACCGGGCGCGGAUCGAGCGGAACUGAUCACUCUGGAGGAACUGGAUUACGAGUCGCCUAAGAAAAAGUUCGAGUUAGUGGUGCGAGCAGCCUCGCCCCCGUUGCGCUCGGACGCUCUAGUACAGAUUCUGGUGACCGACGUGAACGACAACGCGCCGGUCUUGAAGGACUUUCAGAUCAUUUUCAACAACUUCAAAGACUUCUUCCCGGCCACGGGCAUCGGCAAGAUACCGGCCGUGGACGCGGACGUGACCGACAGGCUGACGUACACGAUCCUCGCCGGGAACAAUGCGAAUUUAAUCGACCUGAACAAAACGACUGGCGAGAUACGUCUGUCGCCGCAAUUGAACACGAACGUGCCGCGGGUAGCGACCAUGGAGGUGUCGGUCACGGACGGGAUCAACGAGGUCAAGGCCACGAUGACGCUUUCCGUGCGACUGAUCACCGACAAGAUGCUUUUAAAUUCAAUCACCGUGCGACUGGACGACAUGACCGCCGAGGCGUUUCUCAGCCCACUGUUGGGCUACUUUCUCGACGGUCUAGCGGCGAUCGUACCUUGCCCCAGAGAGAACAUAUUCCUCUUCAGCAUACAGGAGGACGCGAACGUGCACGGGAAGAUUCUAAACGUGAGCUUCUCGGCGCGCAGAGUCGAGCCAGGCGUCACCGACGAGUUCUACAGCCCCCAAUUCCUCCAAGAGCGCGUUUACUUGAACAGAGGUAUACUAGCGAGACUAGCGACGGUCACGGUGCUGCCUUUCGACGACAAUCUCUGCGUCAGGGAGCCCUGUUUGAACUUCGAGGAGUGCCUGACCGUCCUGAAAUUCGGGAACGCUUCUGGAUUCGCGAGCAGCGACACGGUGCUCUUCAGGCCUAUAUACCCGGUGACGACGUUCGCCUGUAGAUGCGCUAGAGGCUUCACUGGCAGUAAAGAGUCCUACCUCUGCGACACGGAGGUGAAUCUCUGUUACUCGAAUCCUUGUAUGAACGGGGGCAGCUGCCAUCGAAGAGAAGGUGGAUACACAUGCGUCUGCGGCGCUGAGUACGUGGGAGAGAACUGCGAGAUCUCGCUGGACCAAGACACCUGCAGCCCUGGCAUGUGCAAAGGAGGCUCUCAGUGCACCGUGAGAACCACGGGCGGUUUCACGUGCGAAGGGUGCCCCGUGGCGACUCUGGAGAGCGUCACACCACUUUGCGAGCUGAAAGCCCGUAGCUUCGGGCCAGCGACCUUUCUCACGUUCCCGUCUCUGAAACAGAGACACAGACUGCAUCUCAGACUGAGGUUCGCGACCGAGUCGGCCAACGGGCUCCUCCUCUACAACGGUCGUUACAACGAGAAGCACGACUUCGUCGCCUUGGAGAUAAUAGAGUCGCAGGUACAGUUCAGCUUCUCUCUGGGCGAUGAGGUAACUCGAGCGAGCGCCAGUGUACCUGGCGGGGUCUCUGAUGGCCAGUGGCACGAGGUGGAGGUCUCUUACAUAAACAGAACCGUGACGAUCUCGCUGGACGACUGUGACGUUGCUUUGGCGCUGGAGUACGGCGAUCGCCUCGGUGCACGAUGGUCCUGCGCCGGGAGGAGCGAACAGGUGCUCGAGGAACGGUGCAACAUCGUCACAGAGACCUGCCAUCGGUUCCUGGAUCUGACAGGGCCCCUGCAACUGGGCGGUCUGCCCGCCAUACCUUCCAGCUUUCAGAUCAGAAACAAGGACUUUGUCGGCUGCAUAGGCGAGCUGUUCGUCGACCACGCGUUCGUCGACCUGAACUCGUUCGUGGCGGACAAUGGCACGAAUUCCGGCUGCCCCGAGAAGGCCUCGUUCUGCGCCUCUACACCCUGCAGAAACAACGGCAAGUGCAAAGAAGUAUGGUCAGGAUUCGUCUGCGAAUGCGAGGAGAACUACGCCGGGCCCACGUGCGCCGACGAAGUGGGCAAACCGUGGAACUUCCACGGUGACGGUAUGCUCAGCUUCAAUCCUCUAUUAAGGCCUAUUCAGCUACCCUGGCUAACAGCUCUCAGUCUGAGAACUCGAGCCGACCGGGCGUUCGUGAUGAGCGUGCAGAUCGGUCAGAACAGCUCCGCGUUGCUCGAGAUCCGUGACGGGAAGCUGGUGGGCCUGCUGGACGGUUCAGACAUCAUCCAGACCUGGAAGAACGUGGCGGACGGCGACUGGCACAGGAUAGAGAUCGUCUGGCAAAGUGGCCAGGUCUCUCUGGACGUCGACUACCGCAACAGACCCAUGUCCUCGCCAUUACCAGCGAAACUGCAAGGUCUCUACGUGGGCAGGAUCCUGGUGGGCAGGCCAGAACAGUUCACCAACACCGAGCUACCGUUCUUCAACGGGUGUCUUCAGGAUAUACGCAUCGGGACCAACCAGACCGUCCUGCUGCGACCUACCGUUCAGGAGAACGUCGCUACCGGUUGCAACUCCGAGGCAGAGUGUGACGUUGACUGCCCUGAAGCCUCAGUUUGCGUUGCCAAGUGGAAGGCCAGCGAAUGCGUUUGCUCCCCAGGUAGAGUAGGUCGCGACUGCGAGCGCGUAUGCGACUUGAAUCCGUGCAACGACACCGGCACCUGCAUCGAGGAUCUCCGCUCGCGCAGGGGCUACGGUUGCCAGUGCGAUUCGCCAGAGUAUUCCGGCGAUUACUGCGAGAUCAAGGCCGACCAACCUUGCCCAGCCACCUGGUGGGGCUCCCCGGUCUGCGGACCCUGCCACUGCGACGAGGUGAAAGGCUACGAUCCAGCCUGCAACAAGACCACCGGGGAGUGUUACUGCAAGGAGAACCAUUACCAACCCUCCGGGAAGAAGGAGUGCAUCCCCUGCGAGUGCUACGCCACCGGGAGCUUUGGACCUCGCUGCGAUACAGAGACUGGACAGUGCAGGUGUCGAAUCGGGGUCAUCGGUAGAUCUUGCACAGCCUGUCCUAACCCUUACGCCGAGGUCACCCUUCGGGGAUGCGAGGUGGUGUACGACGGGUGCCCCAAGUCCUACGCGGAGGGUCUCUGGUGGCCAAGGACCAAGUUCGGAAUGACUGCAGUCGAGGAUUGCCCGGACACCUCCGAAGGCAAGACGUCCAGGUCCUGUGACGACAAACUGGGCGGCUGGCAGGAGCCGGACCUCUUCAAUUGCACCUCGGAGGCCUUCAUCGAGCAGAGACAUCAGCUGGCGGCGUUGGAGGCGAAGGAUCUAACGCUCAACACUUACGUGGCUGUUAAGAUAGCCAAAGACGUUCACAGAGCGGCGAACAUGACCAAAGUGAUGUACGGUGCAGACUUGCUGAUCGCGGAGUCCUUGUUGGUGGCUCUGUUGAGGUACGAGGAGAGCUUGGUAGGGCUGAAUCUGACCCACAGUCAGGAUAAAGACUACGUCUCCCACUUGGUCGGGAUCGCUGGCAGUGUUUCAAUGGCCAAGUACUUGGACAAAUGGUCGAGGAUCGAGGACCUCAACGGCGACACUCCUGACAAGAUUCUAGAUGCUAUGGGGAAUUACUUGAAGACUCUGACCGCCUCUCAACACGAUACCUUUACCGAUCCCUUCGAGGUGGUCGACGCUAACGUUGUGUUGGGUCUGGACGUGGUCACCUCGGAGAGCUUAUUCGGCUACGAGACGGCAGAGUACAAGGAAGAUCCAUCUGCUUCCACGGCCAGACCGAGCGAGGCGGAUCAAAGAGUAGUUAUACCGGACACGUCCGCGUUUUUAUCAGCCCCCGCGCAUUUCGGACCCUCGAUCGCCUUUCCAAAGUACAAUAAUUACAUGGCGGAUCCGAACAGAUUCGAUCCAUAUUCCAAGAUACACGUGCCCCUGAGCGUGUUGGGCAUCAAACCUUUGAUGCAAGGGGAGUUAAACGUUAAGAAAAGUUUGGUCAAUCGAAAGGCUGUGCUGAGUUACGUGCAAUACAAACAAUUGGGUGCCUUGUUACCUCGAAGAUUCGACGAUUCGGUGACGGUAAGAUGGGGCGUGGAAGUAGCAGUAGGAUCUCCAGUUUUAACCGUGUCUGUCUUAGUCCCUUCUGAAAACGGUUACGAAUCUCUGACAGGGAUUCCUCUGCAGUCUCCUGUUCAAAUUAGCCUCUGGCUUAGCGAAAAAGACGAACUUAAGACUAGAACCAAUCCACAGUGCGUGCAUUGGAGCACGGCUAGAGGGGUCGGUGAGUGGAGUCGAAUGGGCUGCACCACCGAAGUCGAGGACGAUACGCUAUCCUUUGGCACGAUCGUCAACUGUUCGUGUCUUCAACUGUCCACCUUCGCGAUAUUAACCGACGUCCUGGACCUGGAGUACGUCCCGGAACCGUCUCUGUUGGAAGACGUGACCAGUUACAGCGCGUUCAUGCUCGCGUUGCCUUUGCUGCUGUCAGCUCUGUUGAUUUUAUCUUUGAUACGAGGCGGCAGCACCAACUCGAACAGUAUUCAUAAGAAUCUGGUGAUGUGCGUCUUCUUCGCCGAAGUGCUCUAUCUGAUCGCGCUCAAAGCCAGAAGCCCUCUAGUCUCGAACGAAUUCCCGUGCAAGUUGACGGCGAUCGGUCUCCAUUACGCAUGGCUGAGCACGUUCUCGUGGACUCUGGUCGACUCUAUACACCUGUAUCGAAUGCUCACCGAGAUGAGAGACGUGAAUCACGGCCAGAUGAGAUUUUAUUACACGAUGGGUUACGGAGCUCCGGCUAUUAUCGUUGGAUUAACGAUAGGCGUCAGAGCCGAUCAAUAUGGAAACUUCUAUUUUUGCUGGCUAUCGAUCUACGAAACUGUGAUUUGGUCGUUGAUAGGACCUGUGUGCCUGGCGGUAUUCGUCAACUUUUGUAUCCUCGUAAUGUCCGUACGAGCCGCGUUCACCCUGAAGGAGCACAUCCUGGGAUUCGGGAAUCUGAGAACGCUACUUUGGUUGUCCGUGGCGUCGCUGCCUUUGCUAGGAUCCACCUGGACCCUAACAGUCCUGAACGCGUCCGAAAACUCUCCGACUCUCUCGUACCUGCUCAGCAUAGCCGUAGUCGUUCACGCAGCGUUCAGUUUGAUCGGUUAUUGCUUCGUCAAUGGCAGAGUACGUAGAAAUUUAUAUUUGAGUCUAUUAAGGUGUAUCGGGAAGAAGACACCUUUGUUGGAAGGAAGCAUGGGAAAUGGCAGCAGCAGUCAGAAUGUAAACGGCCACUCGCGAUCCGCGUUGGCGUACUCGUCGACCUACAGCGGAGCGGAAUCGGUCUGUAGAAGAGUCCACGUAGGAGUUUCGACGAGCAGUACAACAUCUCGAAGUACAAAUAAGACUGGGUCCAGUCCGUAUCGUAGCGACACUCAUUUAAGGCAUACUUCAACGUCCACUAGCAAUUACAAUAGCGAUAGGGACCCCUACAUGUCGUCUAGAAGUCAUCGAUCGACCUUACACUCCAGACAAGAAUCAACGGAACCGCGGAAUCAGCGUAGAGAUUCCGAGUCUGAUUCGGACGGAUCGCAAGCGGAAGGCGGUGGUAGAAGCUUGGAUCUUGCAAGCUCCCAUAGCUCUGACGAGGAGGACGUAGCGUCGAGGUCGCAUAGAAACAUGGGCGUCUCGACGCAGCAGUCCGUUGCGCACAGCUACUUGCCCAACAUUCACACCAAUCCUACCGAACACUUGAACAUACUUUGCUCAAACACGGAACUCUUCCCAAACAUAAAACCCAUUUACGCGCCUAGAUGGAGUUCCCAAUUGCCGGAAGCGUAUUUGUCAUCGAACGUAAUGGACGUGCGUGGAAGCCAAUGGUCGGGAGGCACGAUAUCCGACAACGAAAUGGCCUCGAACAAGACUUCCAGCCCCAACCCACUGCCUUACCCCGAAAUGAACUCGCCGCGGAAGAGUCAGCCGGAUGAAAAUUACUCGGAGGGCGAGGAGAAGCUUCAUCAUUUGGGCGAGAAGUAUCUGUUCCCCUAUACCGCCGAGGAGGAUCACACCGUCUCGCCCACGCCGUAUAUACUACCAAUGUCUUCCCGGAUCCUCGCGUCCAGCAUGAGCCACCAUUCUCAGACCUCGAAUCACGAGAACAUGAGCGGUUCCGAGAGGUACGGAAGCUUGAAGCGGGGGCAGAGCUUGCACGGAUCACAGCACGACAAUCUUAGCGGCUCGGAGAGGUACGGCAGCCUGAAACGAGGGAAAAUCACGCCGACCGUGUUGGAGGACUCGCCGGAGUAUAUCCUGCCGAUGAGCGGGAGGAUAUUGUCCAGCUCGCUCACCCACGAUCUGCAGCACAGCAACGAAUUGGCUGGGCUCAGGCAACAGCAGCAGCAAUACGAGCAAACGAUCACGGAGACCGAGAAGGAUACUAAUGCGGAAACGUCAGUGUGACGCGCCCCGUGCUACAAACAAACACCGUACAAAGUAAU